UCUCAGCUCCCCCUCCUCCCUCCUCUCUCUUGCUUCUUCAGUUUCCUCCUUCAACAACACCAUAUUCUUCUACAAUACGGCGCCGUUUCUCUCCCCUUUCUAUCUCCUCGAUCACAUUUACUGAUUUUGUUGUUGCCCCUUUUAACAAGACUUCACUUAUUGAACGUAAAAGUUUUCUGCUUUAAAGAAGAAACAACUGACAAGUUAUAGCAUAAAGCUUCGGCUUUUCUGCUGUCAGGAGAGAGAGAGAGAGAGAGAGAGAGAGGGGUUUCUUUGUUUCUCUCUCUCCUUUAUUUUUUAUUUUUUAUUUUUUUCUUCUGGGUGUUGACAAAAACUCAAAUUAAAGUCAUCUUUGUUGCUGUCACUUCAAACUUCCCUUGAAUUUUGAGUGAUUUCUGAGGUGAGUUUCUAAGGUUUUCCACUAUAAGGUUUGAGAUAUUGUUUUUACCUCCUUUGGCAAUGCAGUCUCAGGGUUCUUGGGAAAACAAGUGACACUUUGUGAAAAAGAUGAUGGAGAACAAAAGAAGCCCUUGCUCUGUUGACCAAGGCAGUCUUACUUCUCUUGCAACCAAACGGCAUAAGGCUGAUCUUUCUAUAUCCACAAAGGAGAGGAAAGAGAAGCUAGGUGAACGGAUUGUAGCUCUGCAGCAGCUUGUUUCACCAUAUGGGAAGACAGAUACUGCAUCUGUCCUCCUGGAGGCAAUGGAAUACAUACAAUUUCUUCAUGAACAAGUUAAGGUGUUGAGUGCUCCAUACCUCCAAAGUACACCAGCAGCUCAGUUACAGGAAUUAGAGCAAUACAGUCUGAGAAUCAGAGGUCUAUGCCUUGUUCCAAUCUCUUGCACUGUUGGAAUUGCUCGCAGCAAUGGUGCAGAUCUUUGGGCCCCCAUCAAGACCACUUCUCCCAAAUUUGAGAAGGCCAUUUAAAUAUCCCAGAGAUACAAAUUAUAGCUAAGCAAACUUGGAAGGUCAUUUAACAAGGCUGGGUGGUGUAAACGGUAGCCAAUUUAUUUAGUGCACAAGAGGUUUUUGUCAGGCAGAAGCAACUUCGUAACAGGAGUUUUGAUGUGCACAAAGUAGACUUAUAUGUAUGCAUUCCAUCGCUGACCUGAUUUUGAGCCAGUGAUGCAAUCUAGGCAUCUUAGUGUGGUAUGUGUAUCUCUCUUCUGAUUAGGCAAAAUGUAUAUUUGUAAACCUCAGUUGUUUAAUGAUCCUAACAAAGGAUUAAUGAAUAUAUGGUGAUGGUUCAUGGUUUA